AUGUCGGCAAAUCGCGCAAAGACGUUUGACAAGACCAUGAAGCUGCUGCUUGUCGGCGACUCCGGCGUGGGCAAGUCGUGUCUGCUUCUGCGGUUCGUGGACGACAAGUUCAACCCCUCGUUCAUCACGACGAUCGGCAUCGACUUCAAAAUCAAGACGAUCGAGCUCAACGGCAGCAAGAUCAAGCUGCAGGUGUGGGACACGGCGGGGCAGGAGCGGUUCCGGACCAUCACGACGGCGUACUACCGCGGGGCGAUGGGCAUCAUCAUUGUGUACGACGUGUGCGACGAGAACUCGUUCGACAGCGUCAAGAAGUGGUACCAGACGGUCAACCAGCACGCCAAGGACGAAGCGCAGCUGUUUCUGGUGGGCAACAAGUGCGACGACACGGAAAGCAGACAGGUGAGCGAGAAGCAGGGCGAGCAGCUGGCCGAGGAGCUGAACGUGCCCUUCAUGGAGGCGAGUGCGAAGUCCGGGCUGAACGUCAACGAGAUGUUCUACAAGCUGGCGUCGCUGAUUCUGGAGAAGAACGGCGAGGACCUGGCCGCGCCAGCAGACAAGCUCAACGUGCACCAGCAGAGCUCUGUUACAGGCAGCUCGUGCUGCUAG